AUGACAGAGAUUAAUGUAGACAUUGAGAGUUAUACGAAGAGGCUCACCAAUCAGGAAUUCGACAACCAUCUUGACGACUGCAAUGGCAAAUUUAGAGAUGAUAUCAUGCGAAAAGUCUUCAUGCUGAAGGUUAAUGACUCAAUCAAAGUUAAUCAAGAAAUCAAUAAUAUUGAGGCUGAAAAAGAGUCUCGAGUUGACGAACUUAGAGGAGAAAUGAGAGUGCUUGAAAAUGAAUGUUAUGACCUCAAAAAGCACAAGAAAAUGCAAGAAGUUGCUAUAAAAAGAGAGCUUGAUUCUAUUCAAAGACAGAGAUUCCUCAGACCAUACUUUAGAGAGUUAAAAACCACUUAUAUAGCAGCUAAGAAUGAUAAGAAAUAUAAUGAAGAAUGGUGCAAGAAUUUCAGAAACAAAAACUUGCUCAAAAUGAUCAUAAAAUUCUGGAAAUAUUUCACUUUUAACAAAGGGAAUAAAGAAUAUGAAAACAGAAUGAAGCAAAGAGUAGAAAAUAUUGUACAAAACGAACUACAGGACAAGAGAGUCGUAGUCGAAGCCCUUGAAGCUGCAGUAAGGGAACUCGAGGAACAGAAAGCUCUUGAGAUAAAGAAGAAGACUAUAGUUAAAGCCCAGUUAGACCAGGCCUACUUAAGAGGAGCCUCUUCAACCUCCCUUCAAGCACUCAAGAUGGGCCAAGGUACAUUAAAUACUCUCUAUGCUGGAGUUAAAAUGCCAAGAUACACUGGAAACAACUUACUUGCCCAGAUAAAUCUUCUGAGGGAUGACUCUGUGACUGUCACCAAGAAGGUAAUUGCCAGCACCGUUCAGGUCAAAAAAGAGGAAAAAUAGCUUGUUUUCAAAAGUUUAAAUAA